UCGCCUUUCUGUUCCUGUGUGUUUACUACACUGCCGAGCAUAAGGGAGACGCUCGUCUUCACUUGCACUGAGCUCACCAAGAAAAAAACUGUUUUUAGUUGCAUUUGCCAGAAAAUCUCAAAAAGAUCAACAUGCCCAAGAGAAAGGGAGGAGACGCUGCGCCCAAGGAGGAGCCCAAGAGGAGAUCAGCUAGGUUAUCAGCGCCCGCCCCACCUCAGGCCGAGCCAAAAGCCAAGAAGGCGGCAAAGAAAGAAAAGGCGGUGAACGACAAGAAGGAGGACAAGAAGACCAAGAAGGCGAAGGAGAACGCAGAGGCGGAGGCCAACGAGGAGAACCACUCUGAGAAUGGAGACGCCAAGACCAACGAGGAGGAGGCAGCUCCAGAAGAGGCCAAGGAGGAGGCCAAAUCUGAGUAGCACCACUGCCCCUAUGUCCUCCUCCUACAGCCUCUGACCCCUGAACCCCCUUCCUACCCCCAGCGAACCAACCAGCCAGCCCCCUGUCCCCCCUCCCCCCCCACGAGUCUCUCACAUGCUCUCCCUCCAAGGCGUAUUGUUAACAGAGGAAUAUUUUUAUCAAUGAUUUUAUAAGUAUCCGUACAGAUUUUUAGCACAAAAAAGCAAAGCUGAUUAUGGAGCAGAUUUGCAGUGGUCAUAUCAAGUGUCUGCAAAAGCAAGUCAAAAUACACUAAAAAUCUUUUUUAAACGGCAUUUCAUGGUUGUCUGGAAAAAACAAAAAAAAACAAAGGCUUGUUUCGGUGUAGAAAGUGCGUCGUCCCCCCCCCGCCGGAUUGGCUAAAGUUGUGAGUUGUGUAUACCCCGGUUCCCCACUCAUCCCCCCCCCACCCUCCCCACAACCCCUCAGACAAAAAAAACCAGCCCUUUCCCUCGGUUUCAACCUCUUAAUCAUGUUUUUAUUAACGGUUCAGCCAUGUGUGUGGAUAAUUCUUUUUAGACCUUCUAAAUGUGCAGUGAGUCCCGCCCCCCCCCCCCCCCCCGCGCCUCCCCCACUUUUCUUUUAUUUUUGCCUCUGGCUCAUGUUCAACUAUUGUUGUAUUUGGGUUGUUGUUGUUUUUUUUUUUUUUUCAUUGACUUGUUAAAAAAAUAAGAAGCGUGUUUAAAGCGUGUUGUCCAUAAGAAAGAGGAAGACGGUAACAUGUGAAACAUUCCGGAGAACAGUGACGCCCUCUGACCUGUUGUCUCCUUGACGACCCUGCGUGUCGAAUGCAGACCACCACGCUCCAUCCGUGGCCCGCUUCACGUCAGCUUUUUCUAAAACACUCUGUGUUUUUUUUAAAUGAUUGAAUUUGGAAACCAUUUUCUGACCAAACGCAGGUGUCGGGUCCCUCUCUUAUGUUCUGGAAUUCUCUUAAUAAAAGGAAGUCCUGGGAAUUUUCCUCAAAGUGAUGGCUCCAGUCUCCUGAUUGAAAAGUAUUAUCUUUUAAUAGAAACACUCCAGCCAUUGAACACUGCUAGCUGUGUGGUCUAUUGUUUAUAUGUCAGGCAAUACCACAGAGAUAAACAAAUAU